AUGUCUCAGCAAAAUAUUCUGUCCGCUAGUGUUUCAGCGCUCUCUCUUAAUGACCCCGCUGGGCACACAGGCGGAGCGUCUUCCAAAAAGAGCAGAAGACCUCAUAGGGCAUACCACAACUUUUCCUCGGGCACUGUUCCUACUCUGGGUAAUUCACCUUAUACUACACCUCAAUUGAACCAGCAGGAUGGGUUCCAACAACCUCAAGCUUUUACUCCUAAGCAGUUUGGUGGCCCUGGCUUUAAGAACGGUUCAGGAUCCGUUAUGUCUACACCUGUAAUGGUGAGCCAAGAGCAAUUUGGGGUAAGCGAAGCCUCUUCACCUUAUGGCCAGUCUAUUUCUGAUAUGAGGAUACCUCAACCGACUUCUCAUAUUGUUCCAACUCAGAGAUUUGAGGAUCAAGCACAGUAUCUACAACGAUCUUUUGAGACUUGUAGAGAUUCCGUGCCUCCUCUGCCCACAACACAAUUUUAUUGUGUUGAUCAAGGUUCGUGCGAUCCACAUUUGAUGAGUUUGUCCAUGUAUAAUGUUCCCGAGAGUGAACACUUGAGGGCCGCCACCAAGUUACCACUCGGAGUAACCAUCCAGCCGUUUUCUACUUUGACACCAAAUGAUACUGAAGUUCCUACCAUUCCGUUACCAAUGGAUGGUACACCUUUGCGCUGUAGACGUUGUCGUGCCUAUGCGAACCCUAAAUUUCAGUUCACUUAUGAUUCAAGCGUCGUUUGUAACAUUUGUAGGGUUAAGAUGCAAGUUCCAGCAGAACACUUUGCACCCAUGGGACCCAAUGGGCAAAGGAGUGAUAUGAACGAAAAAUUGGAACUUUUGAAAGGAACUGUUGAUUUCUUGGUGCCCAGUGUUUACAAUGCUAUUCAAAAGAAAGAACCUUUACCGUUGCAUUACGUGUUUUUGAUUGACGUUUCAUUAUUAGCCAACGAAAAUGGAAGUUCCUUAGCCACGGUGGAAGGUGUCAGAUCAUGUAUUGAGUAUAUUGCAGAUUUCCAGCCAAAUUGUGAAGUAGCUAUAAUUGUUUAUGACAAUAAGCUGAGAUUUUUCAAUCUAAGACCGGAGUUAGAUAACGCCCAAGAAUACAUUGUCGGUGAAUUGGACGACGUUUUCUUGCCGUUUUACACUGGAUUAUUUGUCAAACCUGGCAACUCGAUGAGAAUCAUCAAUGACACUUUGAUAAAAAUUAGUGGCUAUAUUUCUACCGAUAAAUAUAGUCAUGUGCCACAGAUUUGUUAUGGUUCUGCUCUCCAAGCCGCAAAAUUAGCAUUGGAUACUGUAACUGGUGGUCAAGGUGGUAAGAUUAUCUGUUCUUUAAAUAGUCUACCAACGAUUGGUAAUGGUAAUUUAUCAUUGAAAAGAGACAAUGCACACAUUUCUCAUGUUAAAUGUGAAAAUGGAUUUUACAAGAAGUUGGCGUCAGAUUUUUUGAAGUCUUACAUUUCUUUGGAUUUAUAUGUGACCAAUGCAGGAUUUAUCGAUAUGGCUACUGUGGGCCACCCAGUAGAAAUGACAUCCGGUAUUUUGAAAUAUUACCCACAUUUUCAACAGGAGGUGGAUGCGUUCACAUUGGUCAACGACAUGGUGGCAAAUGUCUCCAAUAUUGUCGGGUACCAAGCCUUAUUAAAGGUACGUUGCUCCACUGGGUUAUCUGUGGAACAAUAUUACUGUGAUUCGUCUGAUAACACUGAUCAUGAUCCAAUCAUUCCAGUAUUGACUAGAGAUACCACUUUAGAUGUUCUGCUUAAAUACGAUAGUAAAAUCAAAGCAGGGACCGACGUUCAUUUUCAAACGGCAUUGUUAUAUACUGACAUCGAUGGUGUUAGGAAAGUUCGCUCUAUCAAUACAUCAGGUGCGGUAUCUAAUAACAUUUGUGAAAUCUUCAAGUUCAUAAACCAGAACCCUGUUAUGAGAAUAAUGAUCAAGGAUGUUAUCAGGACUCUGGGUGACUGUGAUUUUGUAAAGAUUAGGAGAUGGAUUGAUAAUAAGAUGGUCGAAAUAUUGACUCAGUACAGGGGGUUGGUCAGCAGUAAUUCAUCUACACAAUUGAUACUGCCCGAUUCUAUAAAGACAUUGCCGGCGUACAUGUUAGCAUUUGAAAAAAGCCAAUUGAUGAGGCCAAAUGCCCAAAGUACUCGUGGCAACGGGCGAAUUUACGAUUUAUUGAAGUAUGAUUCAUUGAACUCUGCACAACUCUGCUAUAAACUUUACCCACAAAUCAUACCAUUCCAUGUAUUAUUGGAAGAAACUGAUUUGACCUUUUAUGAUGCCAACGAUAAAUUAUUACAAAUUAAUUCUGAUUCCAUCAACAACCUAUCUGUAAGAUCCUCCCACUCCAGUUUCAUUAAUGGUGGUUGCUACAUGAUUUUCCAAGGUGACACUAUUUAUCUAUGGUUUAAUGAGAAUACCAAUAGAAUGCUCUUACAAGAUUUGUUAUCAGUAGAUGAAUCCUUACCCAUCAGUCAAAUUUCGCUCUUUAGUGGGUCGUUGCCCGAGACGGGCACAAGCAUCAAUCAAAAGGCAUCGAAUGUUAUUAAGAACUGGCAACAGACGGUCAACAAGUCUUCACUACCUUUGGUAUUAUUAAGGCCUAACGUCGACCAAUAUUACAGUAGUGUAAUAAGCCAACUGCUUUGCGAGGACAAGACCGAUAACAGAAUUGAAUCAUAUGACAAUUAUUUGGUGAUAAUGCAUAAGAAAAUUCAAGAAAGGCUUCAAAAGGACGAUUUCAUUAAAGUCUCCGCCGCAGCUACUCAUGAAAAUAUUCACCAAAAAUUUGUACAAUUUUGA